AUGACUGAUCUCUAUCAAAGAAACAAUCUCUUCUCGGUCGAUGGCCUCGUGGCCGUCAUCACCGGCGGCGGCUCUGGUAUGCUCCAUGCCACAAACCUCUAUCAGCAUAGACUAACAACACCAAAAGGCAUCGGUCUCAUGAUGACAAAAGCCCUCGCAGCCAACGGAGCAAAGAAAGUCUACAUCAUCGGCCGCCGCAAAGAAAAACUCGAAGAAGCCGCUUCCACCAACCCCUCGGUCAUCAUCCCAGUCGUCGGCGAUGUCACCUCAAAAGACACCUUGAAAGCCAUUGCCUCGCGCAUCGAAUCCGAAACCGGAUAUAUCAACUUCUUAGUCUGCAACAGCGGAGCCAUGGGUCCUGCAUCAGGCGUCAACAACCGCGAAGUCAGUAUUGCCGAAUAUGCAGCUGCAGCCAUGAACCAAAACUGGGAUGAUGUGACGGCUACGCUGAAUGUCAACGUUACAGCAGUCUUGUUUACCGCAUAUGCUUUCCUCGAGUUAUUGGAUACAGGCAACAAGAAUCCAGUGGCCAACAAAACAAAGAGUCAGAUCUUGAUUACAGGAAGUAUUGCUGGGUUCAGCAAGCAGCCUAAUCAAUCCAUGGCAUACAAGGCCAGCAAGGCGGCAGUCAUGCAUUUGGCAAAGAACUUGUCGAGUGAAUUGUGGCCGUUCGAUAUCAGGUGCAAUGCUCUUGCCCCUGGCUGUAAGUUUCAUAUCCUUCCGAGGGACAAUGGUUACAUCUUUGCUGACGUUUUUCGCAAAGUGUUCCCUUCGGAGUUGGCCACGAGUCUGAUCUCAAAUUCGAAGGCGGAUCCUCGAGAAGAAGGAUCAUUUGACAAGUCGUAUAUUCCUGCUGAGAGAACUGGUGAUGAAGAGGACAUGGCUGGAACCAUUCUGUACAUCGCGUCCAGAGCUGGUGCUUACCUGAAUGGAAACAUUCUAAUGAUUGUAAGUUCCAAUAUCUCUGUCUGUAGAAGCUGGAUGGCUGACAAUGUGGAAUAG